CCAAGGCCCCAACACUAUAAAUUUAAGGUCAUGGGCUCAUGCAUAAUAAUAGCCAACGAUACAUUAGUGGAUCCACAUAAAAAGAACAUUUUUUGAAAGAAAAAAGAAAGAGGGGAAAGAAAAAUGGCAGUUGAAAUGGAAGAAAAACCAGUGAUAAAGCUUGCAGCAAUUUGUGGCUCCCUUCGUAAAGCUUCUUACAAUCGGGGCCUUCUUCGUGCAGCAAUGAAGAUGUGUCGAGACUCCGUAAUCGAAGGAAUUGAGAUGGAAGAUAUUGACAUCUCAGAAUUGCCGAUGAUGAAUGUGGACCUUGAAUCCAAUGGCACAUUUCCGCUAGUCGUAGAAGAGUUUAGACACAAAAUUCGUGGAUGUGAUGCUGUGUUUUUCGCUUCUCCAGAGUAUAAUUACUCUUUAACACCACUACUAAAGAAUGCAAUUGAUUGGGCAUCAAGACCACCUAAUGCUUGGGCAGAUAAGCCAGCAGCAAUAGUGAGCGUAGAAGGCAGCGGAAAAAGCGGACAAUACCACCUUCGCCAAAUUGGAGUAUUCCUUGACAUUCAUUUCAUCAACAAGCCUGAAUUAUUCUUGAAUGCAUUCGAACCUCCAAAAAAGUUUGAUGAUAACGGUGACUUGAUUGAUGAAGAGACCAGGAAAAGGUUGCAGGAUGUGCUCCUAGCAUUGAGGGCAUUCACACUUCGACUCAUGAAAGGCAAAUCCUAUUAGUUUCACUACACUAUAAUUUAGAACAUUUGAUGCAAAUAGACUGAAUUAUAUGUCACGAAGCAAUAAUGGACUCAAAUGAAGAAAUUACGAGUGUUAAAUUUAGAAGUUUCACAUUGAUCGCAACUAGUCUUUUGAAUUGUAAUAUCUUAUGCUUAUUCUAUCUCUUUUUAUUAUAUACUUCCUUCAUUUCUUAA